AGUACGUCCAACAUUUUUAACGCGUAUGAUCGUCUAGACUCGACACCACCGAAGACCCCGAUACGCGUUUUUCUUUCUGCCCUUUCAUGGACCAUUGUUUUUGAACUAUUCAUUGAACUUUUUUGAGUUUCUGUUUCUGGGUUAAUGGAAAUUAGGGUUUUGUUGAAUCACAAACGUUAGAGGGGGGGGGGGGGGGUUGAACAUGAAGAUGGCAGGAUAACGAUGAAGAGAAAGAAGAAAGUUCGUGUAACGUGUGAGUCUGUGUCUGUCCAAUAAGAUCUGGAAACCAAACGCUGGAAAUAUUGUGGAGAGGAAUUAAGGCCUAUUGAAUAUUCGCAGAUUAGCCUCAAAGAAUCUCACGACAAAUGGACUAAAUCUGCAGCAGAUGUCACACUCCUAUAAAGUGGCUCACUGGAUUUGAGGAUUUAUGCAUUAUCCAUUGAUGUUUUAGUUUGAAGUUAUGCUCACAUGGGUGACAUUCAAGAGAGAUUGUCGGUUUCUUCAUCUUCGUCUUCUUCAACAUGCUCAUUGUCACUAACAACUGCACAACCUAAAGCGGAUUCGUUGCCAACAGAUGGAGAGUUUUGGAUGAUUGCAGAAGAGAGAGCUCAUGAGAUACUAAACACUAUACAACCUGCUAUUAUUUCAGACAGAAGUAGGAAUGAGAUCAUCGAUUACGUACAUACUCUAAUCAAGAGUCAUGAUGGAAUUGAGGUAUUUUCAUUUGGUUCAGUGCCGUUAAAAACCUAUCUCCCAGACGGAGAUAUCGAUCUGACGGUCCUAACUAAGCGGAACAUGGAGGAUGAGUUCUUUGAAAAGUUAUAUGAUACGCUUAAAAGCGAGGAAGGGAAGUCUGAAUUCCAUGUAACCGAUGUUCAGUUUAUCCCUGCACAGGUCAAGGUCAUAAAAUGCAACAUUAGGAGCAUUGCUGUGGAUAUCUCCUUCAAUCAAACAGCGGGGCUCCGCGCAUUAUGUUUUUUGGAACAGGUUGACCAACUCUUUGGAAGAGAUCAUCUUUUCAAGCGUAGUAUCAUCUUAACUAAAGCUUGGUGCUAUUAUGAGAGUCGAAUUCUUGGUGCUAACACUGGGUUGAUCUCCACAUAUGCACUGGCAGUACUAGUCUUGUAUAUCAUCAAUCUAUUUCAUUCAUCACUAUCCGGGCCUUUAGCGGUUCUGUAUAAGUUCUUGGAUUACUAUAGUUCAUUUGACUGGAGCAACUACUGCAUAAGUGUGGGUGGUCCUGUGCCAAUAUCUAGCCUUCCAGAACUUGUUGCAGCUUCUCCAGAAAAUGGGCACAAGUUAUUGCUUGAUGAGAAGUUUUUGAGGGACUGUGUAGAGUUAUAUUCUACUACACCAACUAAGACUGUUGAGACAAAAGGUCUUCAGUUUCCUAUCAGACAUCUCAACAUAGUUGAUCCUCUUAAACACAGCAACAACCUCGGAAAAAGUGUUACAAAAGGAAAUUUCAAACGAAUAAUGCAUGCUUUUACACUUGGAGCUAAAAAGCUCAGAGAUGUUCUUUCACUACCUGGUGAAACCAUGGGAUGGAGACUGGAGAAGUUCUUUGGCAAUUCUUUGGAGAGGAAUGGUAAGGGACAAAGACAAGAUGUGAACGAUCCGGUUACAGCGUUUGGUACUGGAAGGUCAGAGCUAUCUGAACUCAGUGGAGAUUUUGAAGGUUACUUUGGUAGGCUUGUGUAUGGUCAAAUGUAUCAUAGUCAUAGGGAUGCAAGUUCUUGGGAUGUUGUCCGUCACCUUGUGAGUUACCGAAAGAACGAGUUUUAUCUUAGAAGUCUUAGUGGAUCAGCGUCAAUGCAGUCUUUGCCAUUGCAGUCUUUAACUAAUGGAAAGAGGAGAGGAACAGGAACUUAUAUUCCUGACAUGAGUCAACAGAAAUACUCUGACAAGUCCAGAGACUCUGGUAAUGGAAACUCACGGACUCAUCAUUUAGAGUCAUCUGCUGAGGCAAGAGAAGACAAUGGAGCUAGUAGCUGCUCCGAUCUUUCUGGUCAAGUGUCUACUUCUUGUACCAGUUUCAAAGGAGAAGAAUGUGUCAAACCAGAGACUUGUAGUAACCCAAAGAACCUUGUAGAUACAAGCAGCACACUGAAAAAGGAAAAUGGCAAAGAAGAGGAGAGCAAAUCAUCACAAACGUUGAACGGUUCUUGAAUUUAGUGAUUGUCACAGAUUAUCUUUGUUUGGUCUCUCUUUGGUAUACCUUCAGGAUAACUAGCUUUGUCUCUAUAAAAACCACAUGAACAAACUUUUAAUUAGGAUUCGAAAGAUUCAUCAGGAACUUCAUUACUUUUUGUGGACCAAUGUUUAAUGAGAGACCUCUUCUUUGUUGCUGUUAAGAAGUAACUGGAAGAAAAACAAAUCACCUCAAAAGUA